CCUUAACGACGUGUUUGUGUGCCCGGUGGACAGCUGUGUUUGUACCGCUUGGGGUUUAAGCGUUCGGAGUCAAUGUGAUUUAUUUGUAUUUUCUUCCUAUGGCGAUAUGUUUCAUUGAGUUAUGACCUCAAUGCUAGUGUUGGCCAGGUGACGCUAGCCGCCUUGUAGCUCAGGGUACCCGGUGUUUGUCGUUGCUAGGCCGGGCUUGUGUGCUCGGUGUGGGCUAGCGUUUCUUAGCUGAGCCGCUUCUCUGAAGACCCCUGAACGCUAACGCGGAUUGAGCAGCGGUGAGACCCCCGCGGGUCCUCAACAUGACACUGCUGGCAGAGCGCCCACAGCGGGUGUCACUUAACCUAAUCACCGGGGAUUCCAACGCUCACUGUCGGAAGUGAAGAUGGAAGUUUACGGUUGCACGUUCACGGGCUCCGCGCAGCUAACGUUAGUCGGUUAACGCUAGCUUAACGGGAAUAGGAACCUCAGCUAGAACGGCGUGUAACGUUCACGUCAUGUUCCGUUUUGAGGAAGUUAUUAAUUUGAACCAAAUUUGACUUUAUUAACUCUCAGGUUGGCUCUAUCAGUGAACACGUCUUCUCCCAACAGUCUGAUGUGGGCCUUUGUGUUGGUGAACCGCUCCUGAAGCUUCACUUGGGACCGUACGAAGAGUACGCACGUCGGCAGCCGCUCUGCAACAUGUCCAAGAGCAAGAGCGCCGAGACGGUCAAGGUGGUGGUCCGCUGUCGCCCCAUGAAUGAGAAAGAGCGGGUGGCCAAGUUCGAAAGGGUGGUCGCCGUCGAUGUCAAAUUGGGCCAGAUCCUGGUCAGGAACCCCAGGGAGGCCUCGUCCAGUGACCACCCCAAAGUCUUCACCUUUGAUUCGGUCUACGACUGGAACUCCAAGCAAAUAGAUUUGUACGAUGAAACCUUCAGACCCCUGGUGGAUUCAGUCCUACUUGGGUUCAACGGGACCAUUUUUGCCUACGGGCAGACCGGUACGGGGAAAACGUACACGAUGGAGGGGGUGAGAAAUGAUAUAGAGAGGAGAGGGGUGAUCCCCAACUCCUUUGAGCACAUCUUCACUCACAUUUCUCGCUCCCAGAAUCAGCAGUACCUGGUGAGAGCGUCGUAUCUAGAAAUUUAUCAAGAGGAGAUCAAAGACUUGCUCUCCAAAGACCAGACGCGUCGCCUGGAGCUCAGGGAGAGGCCCGACACCGGCGUGUACGUCAAGGACCUUUCAUCGUUUGUCACCAAGAGCGUGCGUGAGAUCGAACAUGUCAUGAACGUGGGCAACCAGAACCGCUCGGUGGGCGCCACGAACAUGAACGAACACAGCUCCCGUUCUCACGCCAUCUUCGUCAUCACUGUGGAGUGCAGCGAGCUGGAUGCUGACGGGGAGAACCACAUCCGAGUGGGCAAACUGAACCUGGUCGACUUAGCCGGUAGUGAACGACAGACCAAGACUGGUGCUCAGGGGGAGAGGCUCAAAGAAGCCACAAAGAUCAACCUGUCACUUUCGGCCCUGGGGAACGUCAUAUCGUCCCUGGUGGACGGCAGGAGCAGCCACAUCCCCUACCGAGAUUCAAAACUCACCCGCUUGCUGCAGGACUCUCUGGGGGGCAACGCCCGCACGGUCAUGGUCGCCAACAUCGGCCCGGCGUCCUACAACGUGGAGGAGACCUUGACGACACUGCGCUACUCCAACCGCGCAAAGAACAUCAAGAACAAGCCGCGCAUCAACGAGGACCCAAAGGACGCCCUGCUCCGGGAAUUUCAGGAGGAGAUCGCCCGGCUGAAGGAACAGCUGCAGAAGCGCUCGGGAAAGAAGAAAAAGAGGAGGCAGAGGAGGAGGGACGGGAGCGAUGGUGAGGACCUGGAGGACGGAGAGACGGAGGAUGACGGCGAAGACGGGGACGACAAAGGGGAUUACUGGCGGGAGCAGCAGGAGAAGCUGGAGAGGGAGAGGAAGGCCAUCAUGGAGGAUCACAGUCUGGUGGCGGAGGAGAAAGUUCUGCUGCUGAAAGAGAAAGAGAAGAAAAUGGAAGACUUAAAGAAGGAGAGGGAGGUCGGAGAGAUGCUUACAGCCAAAGUGAAGGCGAUGGAGAGUAAGCUCCUCGUCGGGGGGAAGAACAUUGUGGAUCACACCAACGAGCAACAGAAAAUGCUGGAGCUGAGGAGGCAGGAAAUUGCCGAACAGAAACGGCGCGAGCGAGAGAUGCAGCAGCAGAUGGACUGUCGUGACGAAGAGACUCUGGAGCUGAAGGAGACCUACAGCUCUCUGCAGCAGGAGGUCGACAUCAAAACCAAGAAGCUGAAAAAGCUGUUUGCCAAGCUGCAGGCCGUGAAGGCAGAGAUUCACGACAUCCAGGAGGCGCAUAUCAACGAGCGCCAGGAGCUGGAGCAGACCCAGAACGAGCUCACCAGGGACCUCAAACUGAAACAUUUGAUCAUCGAGAACUUCAUCCCAUCGGAGGAGAAGAACAAAAUAGUCAACAGAGCUUACUUUGAUGAGGAGGACGAGUACUGGAAAAUGAAGCCCAUCACACGUAUAGAGGAUGACCAUCAGAUGAUGACCAGGCCUUUGUCUGCGGUCGGCUACAGGAGGCCUCUCAGCCACCAUGCUCGCAUGGCCAUGAUGAUGAGGCCCGACAUGAGAUACAAAGCUGAAAACAUCAUGAUGCUGGACAUGGACCUGCCCGCUCGGACCACUAAAGAGUACCAGGAGCCGGUUAUCGCCCCUAAGGUGGCGGCGGCUCUGGAGAGCGCUCUUCGGGAUGAGGAUGAGAUCCAGGUGGACGCCUCUGGCUUUCACAGCAGCUUGGGAUCCACCUCGCCCGCAGGCGCUAGCCUCAAGAAACCAAAGUCCGGUCGACCAAGAACGGGCAAGAAGUCGAGCACCCCGACCUCUCCAUUCAGCCCCUCGAGUCCAGGAUCCCCCCUCUACCCACAAUCCCGCGGCCUGGUGCCCAAGUGACGACUUCUACAACUGCUCCCACCAACCCAACCUCUCUUUUGCACCUUUCCACUUUGGGACUCAACUUUGAGAGAAGGGGGUUCUCCUUUCAUUUUGUCUGAGUCGUCGUCGUGUUUUUGUUUAUUUUGUCACGAUGACAGAAUAUUGGAUUCUGCAAACUACAGGAAAAUACACGUUCAAGCU